GAAACGAAACAAACAAGAUGGCGGGAAGAAUUGUAAACAACUUCUGAUGUCAUGAAUAAAUCUAGAGAUCUAAUCUAGAUUAGUAUUUUUGCUGCUUUCUUUUAAAUAUAGACUUAGAUCUAGAUCUAUACGUCUAUAUAAAUGGAUGACUCGUUUGAGCUCGAAUAUGCUGAUGAGCUCGAAGCAAUAGGUCAUGAUGAAGACAUUGAUGUUCCACCCCAUAAUCCUCCCAAAUCAAAGCGAGCUUUGCAAUUUGAGACUCCAAAAUCUAAACUGAAUAACAGAGCUUCCGGAGAGAAGACUGAUGAUAGUUUUUUUAUACAAGAGAGUGCCUUUAUAGCUUCGUCACCAGAAUCCCCUGUUUUUCCUGACUAUCUUAAUGAGACAAUUCCAAAACGUAAACGACUGCAAGAUUUCGAUGAUUUAUCAGACAAUGCACACCAACAAUCACACAGCCCUACAAACUUUUUGUCUAAUAAACGAGCACGAACGGAUGAACCAGUUGAAAUAGUGUGUGAAGAAAAUUCUGAUGCUGUUAAGAUUGUUCACCAGCUGAGACUUGCCAGAUCUUCCUCUCAUGCCCCUGUCUCACUGCCUCGUGCUAAUGAUGCUGAUGACUUAGAGCGCCCUCGUGUGCACAAACAUAUUCCCAAAUGUGAUUUUAUCAGUGCUGUUGGUUAUGAGGGUCAGAGAGUAUACAUGAAACUGUGGGAUGAGGAAGUUUUAGAAGCUGAGUACAGUUGUAUUUCUACUGAUGCGAGAUCAGCCAUGUUGUUGACCACUCCUGUCACUGUUUUAAAAGAGCAAUUGGAAGAUGAGAAAUCCAGGAAACUUUACCAAGAAUCUGAAGAGCUUCAUGACAAAAUUCACAGUAUUAUCGACACAAACAGUGAGACAGAUAACAGUCGUGUGACUCGGACUGAAAACAGAGAAGUUGAAAUGAUGAACGACACCAACAAGGAAGUGGAGCAGCUCACUGAUGAUUUGAAAAUGCUUUGGGUGGAAAAGUACGCUCCCAAGAAGUACACUGAGCUUCUAAGUGAAGAAGGAAUCAACAGAAGUCUGCUUCAUUGGUUGAAACUCUGGGACUAUGUUGUGUUUGGCAAGAAUGUCCCGAAGCCUGCCAAAAAAAGUGCAACUUUCAAAAAGGCCAGCGAGAAAGAUGAGAAAUUCAAGAAGAAGUCUCAGACUGGAGUGACAGAAGAACUUGAUAAGCACAACAGACCAGAGCAAAAGAUUGCUUUGUUGUGUGGGCCACCUGGACUUGGCAAAACAACCUUGGCCCAUAUUGUGGCCACACAUGCUGGCUAUAAUGUUGUGGAAAUGAAUGCCAGUGAUGACAGAAGUGUUGAAGUGUUUAAAAAUAAAAUUGAAUCAGCCACUCAAAUGAAGUCUGUGAUAGAUGCUGACCCUCGACCAAACUGUCUUAUCAUUGAUGAAAUAGACGGAGCACCUGCUCCAGCCAUCAACGUUUUACUGAAUACCAUAAAGAUGACAGACAAUGAGACAGAGGCAGCUGGGAAAAAGAAGAAGAAACAAGGUCACAUCCUGCUUCGACCAAUUAUCUGUGUUUGUAAUGACCAGUAUGUCCCUGCAUUAAGACAACUCCGUCAAAUGGCCUUGAUAUUAAAUUUUUCUCAUACUGAAUCCUGUCGACUGGCUAGCAGGUUGCAGGAGGUUGUCAGAGAGGAGAUGCUGAAGACUGACCUUAAUGCUUUAUUAGCCUUGUGCCAGAAAACUGAUAAUGAUAUACGCUCCUGUCUGAACACACUUCAGUUUGUCCGACAAAGACAGAAGGAGCUGACCUUGCAAGAUGUCCAGUCCAUGAGUGUAGGUCAGAAAGACACACAGAAGAGUUUAUUCUCCGUCUGGCAAGAAGUCUUCAUCAUGCAGAAAGCAAAAAAAAAUAGGUUUGUCAGUAUUCAUGAUCUAGCAGAUGAGAAACAAGAAUUAAACCAGUCAACAUUUUCCCCUUCUGCCAGAUUCCAGCACAUGCUGCACUUAUGUCAGAGUGCUGGUGAGACAGAACGUAUCAUCCAAGGUUUACAUGAGAACUAUUUGGAAGCCAAAUCCAAAGAUCCUCAUCUCACUGGUCUAAAUCUAGCCAAUGAGUGGCUGUGCUAUGCUGACAUUUGCAGCCAUUUCAUCGCCAAGAGUCAAGAUUAUUCAGUCAUGAAAUUCAGCUCUUUUGUUCCCAUUGUCUUCCACUUCCUGUAUGCCUCGUACAGUCCGUUUCGCAUUCAGUUUCCACAUUCCCAGUUCGAAGCCAGCCAGAAACUUAUGAAGUCUGUGAACUUACUGAAGACUCUGUUUGAAGACAUGCCACCAAUCACACGCAAGUUUAACAAUCAUCAGAGCAUAGUCCUUGACCUUUUGUCUCCAUUGCUUGAUAUACUGCAACCAACUCUCAGGCCUGUCAACACUCAAUUGUAUAGCAACAGAGAAAAAGAGGAGCUCUCCAAUGUAGUGAAAAUCAUGAUGGCUUAUAACAUGACCUACCAUCAGGAGAAGAGUCAGGAUGGGCAAUAUGUUUAUGCUUUGGACCCCAAUGUGGAGGAGAUCACCAAAUUGCCAGGCUUGAAACAAAGAAAACAGUUGACUUACGCUGCCAAACAAAUGAUAGCAAGGGAGAUUGAACUGGAAAAAUUAAGGAAAACAGAAAGUAACUUACCCAAAUCUAGUGAAGUUUCAGCAUCAGAAAAACUUCCUGACCCAAAAGUUGCCAAUGUACCAAAUCAUCUCAAAAAAUUGGAGGCUAAAUCUUUAACCCAGGAAAAGCCUGCCAUGAACUUUUUUGAGAAAUUCACAAAAACCAAGAGAGACAAGCCUGUAGAUAAGGAAGUCGUGGAUCCUCAAGAUAAAGUCAAGAAGGACUUGCUGGAUACUGUCAUCUGGUUUCACUUUAAAGAAGGCUUCUCAAAUGCCGUUCGACGGAAUGUGAAAAUUCAAGAUUUGCUUUAGCGUUGACCAUUGCACAAAGAAUAUCCUAUACAGAUAUAUUUACAUUGUAUAUCACGUACUGAAUGUGUUCAAAUGUGUGGACAUGUACUGUUUCGUGUUCUCUCAGUUUCUGAAAGUGUUUCAAUAAAUAACAUUUGUCACACUU